AUGUCGGCAGGAUCCUUAAAAGAACUCUCAAAAACCCUGAACAAUGCAUUAUCAGCUCCUCUGCCUCUGUACCCUCUACCCGAUGAUGUCCUAGGCGUCAUCAAUGCGUAUCUCAACAAGCAUAUAAAUACGGAAGAUCACGACUCCCAGCGUCUUCAUGAUGAGCUGUUAGCUUUGCAUGAACAGAAGGUCCGAAAUAACCCUGAUAAGCACGCUGCAUUUUUAGCAUGCUUCCGUUCACUUAGACCAGCUAUUAUUGGCGUGGAAAGGCUUCUUAAAUGGUGGGAGAUACUUGUAAGGCCAACAAUGGACUCUAUGGGUCAGGCAAAAGCAGUUGUGGCAGAUGCUCGGGCAAUAGUGUUGAGCGUUUUGGCAUACGACGACGAUGAUGAUCCGACCAUGGAGAAAGCGGCAGCUUCAGCAGUUUUUACGGAUAAGCUUUUUGAGGUGUUUCUAGAGAAGACGAAGCUACUCUCGUUGGAUAGAGGUGCUGGGUACAGGGAGGAGCAGAGACAGAGAUUUGUCUGUGCAAAUGUUGAGGCUGUCUUGUUGGCAUUCGGGAAAAGGCGACCUAAGGUUCUCCUCGAAAAAAUCGAUGGUUAUGUUAUCCAAAAGGAAUACAGGUUACAGGCUUUGGGGCUAUUAUGUAGUUUUGUACGACUACAAGGACCGCAUCUCUACCAGAUUCUACAGACACAGUUACUCGAUCAUUUGCUUCAAUGCCUGGAGAAUGACACAUCCACUACUGUCAUAUCACUUGCACUGACAGUGUUGAUUAUGUUCAUGCCGCAUUUAUGCAACUCCUUAGCUUCCUAUCUUCCAAGGUUAUUUGUGGUUUACACACGAGUCUUAUGCUGGGACAAGUUUGGGGUUGUGCGCCUUGAAGAGACACGAUUGCCUGGUCACAAGGACAAUUAUUCAAGGACAUCGACCCCUCUAUCCUUCGCCAGGACUGAGAAUUCUACUGAAGGUGGAUGGCAAAAACUGGAUUCUUCUUUUGAAACAGCAUCAUCUACAACACCAGAUGUGAGCGACUACUUUACGUUUCUUUAUGGAUUAUAUCCUAUCAACUUCUUGACGUUUAUCCGGGAACCUUAUAAAUUUUUAGAGCGUGCGGAUUAUCAAGACAUUGAUCAAUUGGAUAUUGAGGAGGAAACCAUAAGACAGCGAACGGAGUUUUAUCGACAACGGCAUACUCUGCAUCCAAAUUUCUUGGUGCUGACUGCCGAGACAGAAAUCAGUGACCAGACUAGAUGGAUGAAGGUCGAACCUGCAGAUGUAACGGCGGAAUGUAUUGGUCUUGUUAACAGUAAUCUCCCUAUGAGUACCGGUCGGGAGAAGAAGCAGCGGUCGAAUGCUAUUAUUCCGGAGGCAUUAAUCCCGACUGAAGACAUUCCUGAUGAAAGUCUUUUGUCUUCAGAUCCUGUAGAUGACGACUAUUCUCUUAACCAGGACGAUUCCUCAACGUAUAGCUCACGAGUGGGUGAGUCAACAGCCCAAUCAAACCCGCAAAAUAGUUACUCAGAGGUUCUUGAACUAUUCUCACGUCCUCCAGUUGGAUUCGGGCGCCGGGAAUCCCCGGACCCUCAUUCAAGAGAUAACAAGACCCCCGACAGCCCGACAAUCCCGCCUGCACUUUCUCCUACUGAUGAGGACCGGCUUGACGACAUGCUGCGAUUACAAGAAACAUUACGAUCAAAUUUCUCUGAUUCAAAGACGCUUUCAACACAUUCCUUGAGUCAGCCAAACGGACCGCCACCUACUGGCCACCCCCCCGGUCCCCCCCCUGGUUAUGGCAGCGUCACAGCGUCGCCUCGUUUAGACGCAUACGUCCAUUCACUUAGUCACAAUACUGUCCCAAGGUCACCUGCACUUCGGCCUACUGGUUCGGAUACCCAAGGAAAUGUAGCAUUUCUCCAGCGUGAAGUGAUGUUGUUGAAGAAUGACCUCAACUUUGAGCGAUAUCUCAAACAGCAGCAUCUAUCACACAUCGGCCACCUACAGAGGAAGCACAUCAAGGAAGCUACAGCUGAAGCGGAAACCCAGAACCUAAUCAACACGAACAAAACAUUGAAAGCUAAGUUAGAGGAAGCAAAGAAAGCAUAUGCAGCUGCCAGGGCAGAGUCUCUGAAGAGCAAGAACCAAGCAAAGAAAUGGGAGGCGGAACUCAGCAGCAGGAUAAGAGACUUGCGUGAGGAGCAGAAGGCAUGGAGGAGCGAAGAAGAGACGACGAAAAAAGCGCUGAUGGCAGCAAGGGAAGAGGCCGAUCACUUACGGACCCUGCUAGCGGAAAGUGAGGCGGAAGGUCUUGUUUGCCGCCAAAAACUUCAAGCUCUAACGGCAGACAUGGAUGAGCUUAAUAAAUUGCGAACGUUUGUCGAUCACCUCUCAAAUAAACUCACAGAAUAUGAAGCUCGCUCGGACGAGUUCGAGAUGCAGAAGCAUAAUGAGGAGUCAGCUAUGGCGCAAGUCAACCAAAUGAGGCUGAGGUUACAGGCUCGAGAACAUGAGAACCAAAAUACAAGGCGUCAAUAUGACGCCAAAAUUCACGAAUUGGAGUUGAAGCUCAACCAACAGCCUCAUCCCGCUUCUUAUCAGAGUUCCCCAGCUAUCCAGGGCAUGAUUGACAAUGCACUUUCAGGAGCAAAUUCUCGCUUGGCGUCUCUAAAAAAAGCACAUACCGCACUCCUCAACAAAUAUACCGAAUUAGAAAUUAAGUUUAUCGAACUUCAGGCAGCGCAGGAAAUUGAUAGUCUUCCCGUGCACCAUAACAGUCUAAAUAGCCAUCGUCUUUCUCAACAAUAUAACCAUGGCCAACCUGGAGGCGUUCAAAACAUCGGCAAAAAGGAUAAAGAGAAAUCAGAAAAGAAGGAGAAGAAGGAGAAGAAGGAGAAGAAAUUCAACUUCACGACGGGAAGUGGCCUUGCCGGUAUUCGAGGAUUUGGCUUCUUGACCCCUACCUACGGUGCCACUAAACUCUCAUUCCAAUGGAAAAUGGGUACGACGGAACACAAUCAGCGGGAGCAGCAGGAGGAGGAAUGUGAGGCCUCCUGCGGCUCCUCCUCUUGCAGCGUCAUAAUCGAGGAUCCACCUACAACUCCGCCGUCUGGAUCAAGCAUCAACGAUGAAAAGCUGACUAUUCAGUCUGAUGAUGAUAAUCACCCUGCAUCUCUCGUCGCUCCCGCUCCAGAUGAUGUAUCAACACCCCCACCACCUCCGCUCAUGCCAGUUCGCGUCGAAGCACCCGAAGCACAGCAACCUACCUACCCACAGCUCUCUAACAACCUUCCAGCAAGCCCUGUAUCAAAAAAUCCCAACAAUAAAAUAAAUGAUGAUUCUGUUCCAAAAUCCUUUGACAGGUCAGACGUAAAACUAGGGAGACUUGAAAAAGAGGUUUACGAAGACAAAGACUUCGACGGUGUGCGACGAAUGCAUAAAUUCACGUUGUACGAAACCGCUACACGGUUCUAUAUUGUCGGCUCAGAUCUCUUGGAUUCGAGAUUCCGCAUCUUGAAGAUUGACCGUACGGCGGAUGUUGGGGACCUGAGUAUCACAGAGGAUGAAGUUAUCUAUACUCGCGAGGAGACUACGAGGCUAUUAGCCACCAUCGAGGAUGGAAAUAGGUCUACUGGAGGACUAAAGCACAGAUGUCCGUUUUGGGGACUUCUGGGAUUCGUCAGGUUCACGGGGGCAUACUAUAUGCUACUAAUUACAAAAAGAAGCAUUGUUGCUAUGAUUGGAGGCCAUUAUGUUUACCAGAUUGAUAAUACCGAGCUCGUACCCCUCACAGCCGGCGCACGGAAACCUGACCGAAAUUCAGAAGAAGCUCGUUUUGUUAAUAUUUUAGGAAACUUGGAUCUGGCAAGGUCAUUCUACUUUAGCUAUUCCUAUGAUAUCACUAGGACGCUGCAACACAACAUUAUCCGUCAAAGGGAGGCUUUAAGUAACGGAUUGACACAUCCAGAUAAUCAUGAUUAUAAUGACAUGUUUGCAUGGAAUCACUAUCUUCUGGAGCCUGCAAAGAAACACAUGAAAAACACUUAUGAUUGGUGCAUGCCCAUUGUUCAUGGUUAUGUGGAUCAAUCUGCAAUUUCGGUAUAUGGGAGAAUUAUCUACAUUACAGUCAUUGCCCGGCGCUCACGGUACUUUGCUGGCGCGAGAUUCCUAAAGCGUGGUGCGAAUGAUUUGGGAUAUGUUGCGAACGAUGUGGAGACGGAGCAGAUUGUCUCCGAUAUGUUGACUACAUCAUUCCAUGCGCCAGGAAAGAAUCUCUAUUCGAACCCUAAUUACACAUCAUACGUACAACACCGUGGAAGUAUUCCUCUAUUCUGGACCCAGAAAAACGAUGCUGCUACUCCAAAACCCCCUGUAGAGAUGAAUCUUGUAGACCCCUUUUUCAGUGCAGCAGCAUUGCAUUUUGAUGAUUUGUUCCAAAGAUAUGGGGCGCCAUGCAUCGUAUUGAAUCUUGUGAAGUCAAAAGAAAGGACGCCUAGAGAAUCAUUACUACUGAAGGAGUUUACACAAGCAAUAAAUUACUUGAAUCAGUUUCUGCCAACCGAUAAGAGAAUACGCUAUAUUGCUUGGGAUAUGUCCCGGGCCUCCAAGAGUCGUGAUCAAGACGUAAUCGAAACUCUUGAAACAAUAGCUGAAGUUGUAGUCAACACGACCGGUUUCUUCCAUAACGGCCCAUCUAGGGAUGGAGCUGAAGCAUCCCUUCAAAAUGGUGUCUGUAGAACAAACUGCAUUGAUUGUCUUGACCGUACUAACGCCGCGCAAUUCGUUAUUGGGAAGAGGGCUCUCGGUCAUCAAUUACAUGCGCUAGGAGUUAUAUCGGGUACCAGCGUUGAAUAUGAUACUGACGCGGUUGAUCUGUUUACGCACAUGUAUCAUGACCACGGGGACACGAUCGCCGUACAGUAUGCGGGGAGUCACUUAGUGAAUACCAUGGAGACUUACCGUAAAAUUAACCAGUGGACGAGUCACUCGCGAGACAUGCUCGAGAGCUUCAAACGAUACUAUAAUAAUUCUUUCUUGGAUGCCCAACGACAAGAGGCAUAUAACCUUUUCCUGGGUAACUACAUAUUUACUCAGGGCCAGCCCAUGUUGUGGGAUCUUUCAACGGAUUACUACCUGCAUCAUAUCGACCCAAGAGCUUCCAGAAAACGACGCAGUUAUAUAAAGUGGUGGACACCGAAGAAUCUUGAGAAGAGAGUAAUGCCACAUGCUACAAGGCCUCUAGACGAAUUUGCGAAUAAGCCGUAUAGCUACUUUGAUGACUACUGGCUAGAAUACUAUAGACCAAAAGCACUCUCAUCUUUCCUCAAAGUAUUCUCUUAUGACAUCAAUUCCACAUUACGCUACAUCCCGAUAGGACAAACCUCGGAGGGAAAAUACGAUCUUAGCCCCUUCAAAGUACGCACAAACCAUGGCGGUUCCAGUCAUAAAAAGUCCAAAUCUAAAAAUAAUGUUAUCAACGUCGAAACCCCGGAGAAUCGGCUUAAAAAGAUAACCGCCCUUGAAGGAUGGCCAUCAUCACCACGGAAGCAGCAACAAACCCUGCGACAAACCUCCAAUCCCCAAUUUCCGGGCCGUGAUAACAAUGCUGUUUCGGGAGAUAUGCAUGGUGGACUCCGUUCGUCUAGUCCGGUCAAGCAGCACUUUGCUGUGGGUAGAGAUUUGAUACCGCUUGAACAGAGGAAUAUGCAGCAGGUUGUUGAGAGGAGUCUUAACCCUUCACUCAGCGAAAAGGAAACUGCAGAAUAUGAACUUUAUGUAUCCCACCCCCUCAAUCUUCCCCUCGUGGUAACGACUGAGCUCCCGCCAAAUACAUCUCGCGAUUUCGUCAACUAUGUAAACAGCACAUCACCAGAGGCUGUUGCAAAUCUUAGAGCAUCAGAUAAUGAUAUAAAAAGCUACGAGGAAUUCUUGGAAAUCCCAGAAAACCCAUUAAGUGUGGAUGAGGCAGAUGGAGGUAGGGGCAGAUACAGAGCUUAUCAGUAUUGGAUCAUGACGGGAAAAUUGAAACAACAGAGGAUCGGUAUGGUGUCAGUCAAAACCUGA